AUGUUAUUUGCUGCGUUUAGAAGAAUUAAAGAUGGACGAAACGGGAUUCUCUUCGAAUAUAUACGGUUACUGUUCGUGGUAGAAGAGUUAGAAGAUGGCGGAGACGUUUAUAUGUUACACGGUCACUGUUCAAUGGAAGAAUUGGAAAAAAAAGAUGGUUUAUAUCAGGGACUGUUCAAUGGUAUUCAAGAAAAACUGCGUAGAAGAGUUCUUCGUUUAUAUCGGAAACGAAUAUGUCACUUGUUCAAUGGUCACGAAUAUUCAAGCUGCCCCCAAAAAUACUAUUCUCUUCGUUUAUAUCAGUUACGGUCACUGUUCAAUGGAAUUAAAAGCUGCCGGAGUUUAGUUCUCUUCGUUUAUAUCAGUGCGUCACUGUUCAAUGGUCGAAUUAAAGAUGGCCCGAAAAUACAGUUCUCUUCGUUUAGAAGAGUUACACGGUCACUGUUCAAUGGUCGAAUUCAAGAGACGAAAACCGUUCUCUUCGUUUAUAUCAUUACACGGUCACUGUUCAAUGGUCAGAUUCAAGCUGCGUGUAGAAGAAAACCGUUCUCUUCGUUUAUAUCAGUUACACGGUCACUGUUCAAUGGUCAGAUUCAAGCUGCCCCCAGAAAACCGUUCUCUUCGUUUAUAUCAGUUACGGUCACUGUUCACUGUUCAAUGGUCGAUUCAAGCUGCCCACCAAAAUUACUGAUUCUCUUCGUUUAUAUCAGUUACUUCGGUCACUGUUCAAUGGUCAGAUUCAAGCUGCCCCCCAAAAACCGUUCUCUUUUUAUAUCAGUUACACGGUACUGUUCAAUUGAUUCAAGCUUGUCAAAAAUGCUUCUUCGUUUAAGAGUUAAAGAUUCAAUGGUCAGAUUCAAGCUGCCCCCCAAAAAACCGUUCUCUUCGUUUAUAUCAGUUACACGGUCACUGUUCAAUGGUCAGAUUCAAGCUGCCCCACCCAAAAACCGCUGCACUGUUCAAGAAGAAUUCAAGAUGCCCCAGAAAACCGUUCUCUUCGUUUAUAUCAGUUACACGGUCACUGUUCAAUGGUCAGAUUCAAGCUGCCCCCAGAAAACCGUUCUCUUGUUUAUAUCAGUUACAGGGUCACUGUUCAAUGGUCAGAUUAAAGCUGCCCCCAAAAAAACUAUUCUCUUCGUUUAUAUCAGUUACGGUCACUGUUCAAUGGUCAGAUUCAAGCUGCGGAGAAAAACUAUUCUCUUCGUUUAUAUCAGUUACACGGUCACUGUUCAAUGGUCGAUUCAAGCUGCCCCCAAAAAACCGUUCUCUUCGUUUAUAUCAGUUACACGUUACACGGUCACUGUUCAAUGGUCAGAUUCAAGCUGCCCGUUUAAAAAAUACUAUUCUCUUCAUUUAUAUCAGUUAUCACGGUCACUGUUCAAUGGUCAGAUUCAAGCUGCCCCCCAAAAAACCGUUCUCUUCGUUUAUAUCAGUUACGGUCACUGUUCAAUGGUCAGAUUCAAGCUGCCCCCAGAAAACCGUUCUCUUCGUUUAUAUCAGUUACACGGUCACUGUUCAAUGGUCGAAUUCAAGCUGCCCAGAAAAAUACUGUUUCUCUUCGUUUAUAUCAGUUACACGGUCACUGUUCAAUGGUCAGAUUCAAGCUGGACCAGAAAACCGUUCUCUUCGUUUAUAUCAGUUACACGGUCACUGUUCAAUGGUCAGAUUCAAGCUGCCCCCAGAAAAACCGUUCUCUUCGUUUAUAUCAGUUACACGGUCACUGUUCAAUGGUCAGAUUCAAGCUGCCCCCCAAAAAACCGUUCUCUUCGUUUAUAUCAGUUACACGGUCACUGUUCAAUGGUCAGAUUCAAGCUGCCCAGAUCAAAAAUGUUAUUCUCUUUAUUUAUAUCCGUUACCAAAAAACGUUCACUGUUUAAUGGUCAGAUUCAGAUUAAAGCUGCCCCCCAGAAAACCGUUCUCUUCGUUUAUAUCAGUUACGGUCACUGUUCAGUGGUGAUUCAAGCUGCCCACCAAAAAACCGUUCUCUUCGUUUAUAUCAGUUACACGGUCACUGUUCAAUGUUACACGGUCACUGUUCAAUGGUCAGAUUCAAGCUGCCCCCAAAAAACCGUUCUCUUCGUUUAUAUCAGUUACGGUCCUGUUCAAUGGGUCUGGAAGAACUGUUCGUUUAAUGGUCACUGUUCAAUUCAAGCUGCUGCCCCCAAAAAACUAUUCUCUUCGUUUAUAUCAGUUACACGGUCACUGUUCAAUGGUCAGAUUCAAGCUGCCCCCCAAAAAACUAUUCUCUUCGUUUAUAUCAGUUACACGGUCACUGUUCAAUGGUCAGAUUCAAGCUGCCCCCCAGAAACCGUUCUCUUCAUUUUAUAUCAGUUACACGGUCACUGUUCAAUGGUCAGAUUUAAAGCUGCCCCCAGAAAACCGUUCUCUUCGUUUAUAUCAGUUACACGGUCACUGUUCAAUGGUCAGAUUCAAGCUGCCCCCAAAAAACCGUUCUCUUCGUUUAUAUCAGUUACACUGUUCGGUCACUGUUCAAUGGUCAGAUUCAAGCUGUCCCCCCAGAAAACCGUUCUCUUCGUUUAUAUCAGUUACACGGUCACUGUUCAAUGGUCAGUUCUCUUCGUUUAUAUCAGUUACACGGUCACUGUUCAAUGGUCCCCCCCCCAAAAAACUAUUCUCUUCAUUUAUAUCAGUUACACGGUCACUGUUCAAUGGUCAGAUUCAAGCUGCCCCCCCAAAAAACCGUUCUCUUCGUUUAUAUCAGUUACACGGUCACUGUUCAAUGGUCAGAUUAAAUUACACGGUCACUGUUCAAUAGAAGAUUCAAGCUGCCCCCCCGAAAAAAACCGUUCUCUUCGUUUAUAUCAGUUACACGGUCACUGUUCAAUGGUCAGAUUCAAGCUGCCCCCCGAAAACCGUUCUCUUCGUUUAUAUCAGUUACACGGUCACUGUUCAAUGGUCAGAUUCAAGCUGUUUUAUAUCCCCCCCAAAAAACCGUUCUCUUCGUUUAUAUCAGUUACACGGUCACUGUUCAAUGGUCAGAUGGCUGCCCCCCAAAAUACUGUUCUCUUCGUUUAUAUCAGUUACACGGUCACUGUUCAAUGGUCAAUUCAAGCUGCCCCCAAAAAAAUUAUUCGUUUAUAUCUUCACUGUUUAUAUCAGUUAGCUGCCCCCGGUCACUGUUCAAUGGUCAGAUUCAAGCUGCCCCCAAAAAACCGUUCUCUUCGUUUAUAUCAGUUACACGGUCACUGUUCAAUGGAAGAGAUUCAAGCUGCCGAGAAAAAUACCGUUCUCUUCGUUUAUAUCAGUUACACGGUCACUGUUCAAUGGUCAGAUUCAGUUAAAGCCCCCCACGAAUACUAUUCUCUUCGUUUAUAUCAGUUACACGGUCACUGUUCAAUGGUCAGAUUAAGCUGCCCCCCAAAAAACCGUUCUCUUCGUUUAUAUCAGUUACACGGUCACUGUUCAAUGGUCAGAUUCAAGCUGCCCCCAAAAAACCGUUCUCGGAGUUUAUAUCAGUUACACGGUCACUGUUCAAUGGUCAGAUUCAAGCUGCCCAGGGAAAAAAUAUUCUUCGUUUAUAUCAGUUACACGGUCACUGUUCAAUGGUCGAGAUUCAAGCUGCCCCCAAAAGAACUAUUCUCUUCGUUUAUAUCAGUUACACGGUCACUGUUCAAUGGUCAGAUUCAAGCUGCCCUGGAGAAAAAACUGUUCUCUUCGUUUAUAUCAGUUUACGGUCACUGUUCAAUGGUCAGAUUCAAGCUGCCCGCCAAAAAUACUAUUCUCUUCGUUUAUAUCAGUUACACGGUCACUGUUCAAUGUUACACGAUCACUGUUCUGUUCAAUGCUGCCCCCCCAGAUUCAAGCUGCCCAGUGAGACGAAAACCUAUUCUCUUCGUUUAUAUCAUUUACAUGUUCGGUCACUGUUCAAUGGUCAGAUUCAAGCUCCCCCCCCAAAAAACUGUUCUCUUCGUUUAUAUCAGUUACACGGUCACUGUUCAAUGGUCAGAUUCAAGCUGCCCCCCAAAAAAACCGUUCUCUUCGUUUAUAUCAGUUACACGGUCACUGUUCAAUGGUCAAUUCAAUUCCCAAAAAAGUUCUCUUCAUUUAUAUCCAGGGUCACUGUUCAAUGGUCAGAAUGCUGCCCCCCAAAAAACUAUUCUCUUCGUUUAUAUAGUUACACGGUCACUGUUCAAUGGUCAGAUUCAAGCUGCCCCUAGAAAACUAUUCUCUUCGUUUAAAGUUACGGUCACUGUUCAAUGGUCUUCUGCCCCCCAAAAUACUAUUCUCUUCAUUUAUCAGUUACGGUCACUGUUCAAUGGUCAGAUUCAAGCUGCCCCCCCCGUUCUCUUCGUUUAUAAAACCGUUCUCUUCGUUUAUAUCAGUUACACGGUCACUGUUCAAUGGUCAGAUUCAAGCUGCCCCCAGAAAAAUUCUCUUCGUUUAUAUCAGUUACACGGUCACUGUUCAAUGGUCAGGCUGGAGACGAAAAAUACUAUUCUCUUCGUUUAUAUCAGUUACAUGGUUGUUCAAUGGCCAGAUUCAAGCUGGGACAGAAAACCGUUCUCUUUCGUUUAUAUCAGUUACACGGUCACUGUUCAAUGGUCAGAUUCAAGCUGCCCCCAAAAAAACCGUUCUCUUUGUUUAUAUCAGUUACACGGUCACUGUUCAAUGUUAACUUCGUCAGAUGUUCAAUGGAGACGAAACCUGCCCCCCGCCAAAACCGUUCUCUUCGUUUAUAUCAGUUACACGGUCACUGUUCAAUGGUUGAUUCAAGCUGCCGUCCAAAAAAGUUCUCUUCGUUUAUAUCAGUUGGGGUCACUGUUCAAUGUUCGAGCCGCUAUCCAUUACUCCCCCGUCAACUACGAUCUAUCUAUCUAUCUAUCUAUCUAUCUAUCUAUCUAUCUAUCUAUCUAUCUAUCUAUCUAUCUAUCUAUCGCAGCCUGUUUCUUAUGUAUGUAUGUACGUAUGUAUGUAUAUAACUAUCUAUCACGGUUUGUCUCCUAUCUAUCUAUCUAUCUAUCUAUCUAUCUAUCUAUCUAUCUAUCUAUCUAUCUAUCUAUCUAUCUCAGCCUGUUUCUUAUGUAUUCAUGCAUCUAUCUAUCUAUCUAUCUAUCUAUCUAUCUAUCUAUCUAUCUAUCUAUCUAUCGCAGCCUGUUUCUUAUUUUGUCUCCUAUCUAUCUAUCUAUCUAUCUAUCUAUCUAUCUAUCUAUCUAUCUAUCUAUCGCAGCCUGUUACUUAUGUAUGUAUGUAUGUAUGUAUGUAUGUAACUAUAAUGAGUCAGUCGUUCACUUUUGA